AUGGGCGAUAACGAAAACGGAGAUAAUCUGAAUAAUCAUCAAGAUUCUGGAUCAGGAUCACAUCACGACGCGGCGCCCCAACAGCAACAGAACAAUAUGUCCCACCAACAGCAGCCGCAGCAGCAGCAGCACAAUGAGCACAAUAAGCAGCAGCAGCAACAGCGCGAUGACGUGUGCCGAGACUUUUUGAAAAACAUUUGCAAUCGCGGCUCGCGCUGUAAAUUUUAUCAUCCGUCCGAGGCGCCGCCAAUCAGCGAUCACGAUUACAAUUUCUGCAUUGACUAUCAGAAUCGAGGGUGCCAGCGUGACAAUUGUCGUUUCGUGCACGCGCCUCGCGACGAAGUGGAGAGAUACAAGACGACGCGCGAACUGACGCUUAUCCUGGCGCGUGCCAUCGCCGCCGUCGGUCACGGUGACACAAUCGGCGGAAUUCCGAUUUGCAAAGAGUUUCAAACGGGCCGUUGUGCUCGCGGAGUCAAUCGAUGCCGUUAUUGGCAUGUGAAUGUGGAUUUGGAACGAGAUCGACGCAAUCGUGGACUACCACCAUCGAAUGAUUUUGGACCUGGCGGAGGUGGAGGUGGAAUGGGUGGAGGUGGAGGAUCUGGAGGAUCUGGUGGAGGAUCAGGAAGAUUCCCACCACCACCACCACCAUAUGGUGGAGGUGGAAGACGUCGACCUUACGAUGAUUAUGAUAGUGAUCCGAUCAAGCGUGGGCGUUAUGGAUCCGAUGAUCGUCUGAUGGAGUUGGAGAAGCGAAAUGCUGAGCUAUCGAAGGAAGUUGAUUCGCUACGUCGGGAACUACAACGGGAACACGAUCGUUACGAGGAUUUGUAUGCUCUGUUCCGUCAGCAGAGUGGUGGAGCACCGGCACCACCGAAGGCUGCCGCAGCUGCAUCGGCUGUUAAUGAUUAUUAUGGAACGUGGGGGCAAAAGGCUCCGGGGUGGUAGAUUUUUAGGAGAGAGAUGGAAAUUGUGUGGAGAAAAUGAAGAAAAUUUGGCUUGGAAUUGUGAUUUUUGAGGUUUUUUAAGCUUGAACAGCCGAAAAUCCGAGUUUCCAUGGAUUUUGUGCUUUUUUCGAGAAAAUCUGCUCAUUUUUAAGGUUUUAGGUAGCAAAUUUUUAAGGUUCCACUUUUUGAGGCGAAAAAUUGUGCAAUUGUGCUCUUAACGGCUUUUUUACCAAAUUUUCGCCGUAGAAAAUGCUCGAAAUUGUGAAUUUUGAGCAAAAAAUAUUUUUUCCGUGCUCAUUUUCAUGAAAACCAUGAAAAUCUGCACAUUUUCAUGCAUUUUUCUCGGAUUUUCAGGUUUUUUUGAAAGAAAAUCUCUAUAAUUCCAGCUAUGAGCCGAAAAUUGUGCGCGAUUUCCAGAAAAAUUCGGAAAAUUGCACAUUUUGAUCAAAAAAUUGACGUUUCUAUGAAUUUUUGGCGAAAAUUGGGCUCAUUUUUGAGAAAAUCCUGAAAAUUGCUCAUUUUCGCUCAUUUUUUUUGCCGAUUUCAAUGCUUUUUAUUGCCAAAUGCUUUAAAAUUUUCAAAAAUUCCACUUUUUAAUCUCUGAAAAUUCAUUUUGAGCCGAAGAAUUGUGCAAAAAUUUCCUUAAAAAUUCCCAAAAUAUCCGAUUUUCAGCUGUUUUUCCUCAAUAAAACCCUGAAAAAUCCAUUUUCAAGCCACAUUUCCACCAUUUCCAGCACUUUUUCCAUUCCUAAAAAUUUUCCAUCCAUCAAAAAAUUCCAACACAUUUCCCCAUGAUUUUCUCGAUUUCUCUCUAUUUUUUAAUUAAAAUUUUCAAUUUUUUGUGUGUGAUAAUAACAUGUCUAAAAGAAUUAUUGAUUUUUUUAUCCAUUUUUGUUGUAAUUUUCCCUUUUUUCUCUUGUUUUCUUACCAAUUCCCAUCCAAAUCAGCUCCAACAGUACUUUAAUUUAUUUAUUUUUUUUUUAUUUCCAAAAAAUGUUCCCCCUUUUCUCUGAAUCUCUCCUCUCUCAUAUACAUUUUACUAAAUAUUUAAAAAAAAAAAU